UGUCUGUGUCUCUGAGUGGAAGGAUCUGGUGUUGGAGGCCAGCAAUGAAGUUUUAAAGAUGGGCAGCUCACCAGUAGCUCUGCUCUUCCAAGCCUUACUGCAGUUCUCUAUAAAGAUGGGUGCCAGGGAAACCCGUCGCCUAUUGGAGAAAAUAGUUUAUGCUUCAGCCUCAGGAGGCUCUGAAACAAUAGCAUCAGUGGCACGCUGGUACCUCCUGCGCCACCUGCAUGCCAAAGAUGACCUGGAGCUGAUAGAUACUCUGUUGGUGAAUGCAACAGCAGAAGGAGACAGCAGACUGGUGGAUUUCCACAGACGCCUUUACCCAUCCAGCUGAGACAGUCCACCAUCCUCACAUCCCUCAGGAGACCUGCAUUUCACCAUUCUUCUGCUUCAUCUCUUGCACACUGAGCAGUUUACUCACCGAUCAAUAUUUACAAAUCUGAAAGUCUUUACAUGACCACGUACAUUUCAUUAUGUACGGAUAUAUCUGCUAAGCUAAUUUAAAAAGACACUUGAUCUAUAUGAAUGGCUCUUUUAAUAGCAGUUUAUGGUAUAACUGAAUUAGCCUAUGCUCACUGUAUUGCAAUCACAUGAGUGUUGAUACAUGAAAAAUUACAUUAAUGAUUCAUUAUUAUUUUUAUGUGCCUUCCCCAAAGUGACAGUUUUUCGCCAUUAUUAUGAUCACCACAAGGCUCAGCUGACUAUACUAAAUCUAAUGCUAUUGUGAUUAUGUAACUCAAAAGAGUCAUUGCUUCGGAUCCAAAAUCACUAUUGGGCACAUUUGAAAGUGCAGCAGUGGGAUAUCUGCUCUUCAGAUUGUCUGUUUAUGGUCAGAGAAACCAAGAAUUCAAAUGAAUUGCUUUUUAUCUGACACAUCAUUAUCUUUGCCCUACAGAAGCACUGGCAGAACUAAUUAACCUCUGUUUUUCCUCACUGUCAUUUCCAAAUAACUGACUUUACUCAUCUCUGCAGAACUGACCUACAGUCGACUGGGCUGAUUGAGGGCUAUUGAGUCCCAGAAAUAUUAAAGCACAUAUCCAAAACAGAAAAAAAGUGGGAAAUAACAAUAAUUGUUUAUCAUGUUGGGUGUAUUUAUGCUUUGCAAGUAUGCAUUGUUGGCUUGGAAAAUUAAAUGAAAACAAAGCGAUCUUGUUUGUUUAUUCUAACAUUCAUUACAAUCAAUACUAGCCUGGGGACGUGCAGACAAACACAGAACAAUUCAUCUUCAUAAUCAUUCAGUAUUGAGCCUGCAUGAGUAUUGUGCUUCUUAUAUUGGAUUUGUCGUAAUUGUACCUUCAUUGAAUUUCAUCAACUAUGAUUGUUCACUCAGAAUCUGAUUUUAAAGUCUGGUCCAGCAAAAAGAGAUUUAAAGGAAAUU